UUUCGCGGCAUCGAUUAAACAACAUUUUCUUCUUUUCUCGAAUUUGCACUAUAAUUAACAGCAUUUAAAGCCAAAAAAGAAUUGUAAUCGAUAGAAUCAGUGAAAUAACACAGUAAAAAAUAGAUAGUUGAUAAGAAUAACAAGAAAAAGACGAUGAAAAUCGAAGAAGUUAAAUCUACAGUUAAAACACAGCGUAUUGCUGCUCAUUCUCAUGUUAAAGGACUAGGUCUGGACGAAAAUGGAGUUCCUUUACAAAUGGCAUCAGGUCUUGUUGGUCAGAAAGGAGCUCGCGAGGCUGCUGGAAUAAUUGUGGAUCUUAUAAAGGCAAAGAAAAUGGCAGGAAGAGCAGUAUUACUUGCCGGACCACCUGGAACUGGCAAAACAGCUGUUGCUAUGGCAAUCGCUCAUGAAUUAGGAAAUAAGGUUCCUUUCUGUCCAAUGGUCGGUUCCGAAGUAUUCAGUAGUGAAAUCAAGAAGACAGAAGUUCUUAUGGAGAAUUUCCGAAGGUCAAUUGGUUUACGUAUUCGCGAGACAAAGGAAGUUUAUGAAGGUGAAGUAACGGAACUUACUCCAGUUGAAACAGAGAAUCCAAUGGGUGGAUUUGGUAGAACAAUCAGUAAUGUCGUUAUUGGACUUAAAACAGCUAAAGGAACCAAGCAGUUAAAACUAGAUCCAAGUAUUUACGAAUCAUUACAAAAAGAGAAGGUUGAAGUCGGCGAUGUGAUUUACAUUGAGGCAAAUAGCGGUGCUGUAAAGCGUCAAGGAAGAAGUGACACAUUUGCAACAGAAUUUGAUUUGGAAACUGAAGAAUAUGUUCCAUUGCCAAAAGGAGAUGUCCAUAAAAAGAAGGAAGUGGUUCAGGAUGUAACUUUACAUGACUUGGAUGUAGCUAAUGCUCGUCCGCAAGGUGGUCAAGAUGUACUUUCACUCGUUGGUCAAUUAAUGAAGCCAAAAAAGACAGAAAUUACAGACAAGCUUCGACAGGAGAUUAAUAAAGUCGUCAAUAAGUAUAUUGAUCAAGGUAUUGCUGAGUUGGUUCCUGGCGUUUUAUUCAUCGAUGAAAUUCACAUGCUGGAUCUUGAAACAUUCACAUAUCUUCAUAAAUCAUUGGAAUCUCCAAUUGCUCCAAUAGUUAUUUUCGCUACAAAUCGUGGACGUUGUGUUAUUCGAGGAACUGAUGAUAUUGUCUCACCACAUGGAAUUCCAUUAGACUUACUUGAUCGCUUAAUGAUUAUCCGCACAACACCUUAUAAAGUAGCAGAAAUAGAACAAAUCAUUAAGCUUCGUGCACAAACAGAAGGACUUUCAGUUGAUGACGAAGCAAUAACACAUCUUAGUGAGAUUGGUAAUAAGACAACAUUAAGAUAUGCUAUACAGCUCAUGACACCUGCAUAUCAAUCAGCUAAAGUUAAUGGACGAUCACAAAUUAUUAAGGAAGACGUUCUCGAUAUUGGUGAACUGUUUUUGGAUGCAAAGAGAAGUGCUAAAUUUUUAACGGAAGGCAAGAACUUUAUGAAGUAAGGCAGUAAUGCACAGAUUUAUUUUAUUUUAUAAAUGUACACGAUUGAAUCAUUAAAGGAUAAAUUCGAGUGAAUUGAUGUCUAAUUAAUGAUU